AUGCUGCCAGAGAAGGCUAAGCAUUUGAGUGGCGGGAGAGUGAAGAGGCACUCUUUGCGAAGUGCCAACAAUCGCAUUAGACCGGUAUCACAAGAUAAGGAGUAUGUACCUAAUGCUGAAGACGACACUUCGAGUAGUAGCGACAGUGAUGUUGACGAGAAACAGCAUGUCUAUGUGUAUGAUCCACGGCUGCCCAAGGGGGUGAGUAUAAUAAAGAGUGUCCCUGAGGAGUAUGAAGGCACAACUGAAAGAACACAGUGGCGAAAAAGGGCGAAG